AUGACCAAACCCAAUCUCCUUGAACUCCCCUCGGGAGUUCGGCUCGUUUACCUCGCCGAGGGAGGAGCAAAUGUGAUUUACCGAUUUGUUGGAAAUCCAGUACUCGUUAAAAAAGACUCAAAAAGGCCACUAUCUCCACCUGCAUUCGAGGAUCAUUGCAACCUACCAGCCCAACUCAAGGGAAAAUUGCUCCGACUCCGCAAAGAGACUGCAGCCGACAUCUCCUACAAAGAGAUUGCUAGAAACUUUGACACUAUCAUCCGACCAUUAUUCAAACCAGAGGAACUAGUCGACCAAACCCUCAUUAGACUCCCAGAGGGUCUCCUCUCUAGCUGCAACUCGCAACUUCAGAUCGCCGAAUUAAACGGUACGCGUCCGAAGAAACGCCAUGGCAGCUAUCUCUGUCUACAUGAGCGAUUCGGUCUCCUCAUCACCGACAUGACAACGACCGAAGACCCGGGCGCGAGCCUAGCCGAGCUGAAACCCAAAUGGCUCAAUCAAUCGCCAUCGGCGCCUACCACAGCGCAUAGGUGCCGGACUUGUGCGCUGAGGGAGAUGAAAAACCGCGAGUCGCAACCCCUAGGCCUGAAAGAGCAGCGGUCCUUCUGUCCGCUGGAUCUGGUGUCCGAGCAGUAUGAGAAUGUUCUGCGAGCGACAGGGUUUAUCAAAGGCUGCACGGACAGAUCGCGACUAGCUCACAUUUUAUAUCGGAACUCGACGCUACAAAGGCUGCAGUCGCUGCAGAAGACCGAAAGAGAUGUCGGGCUGCAGGGUCCGGCGGCGCAGUCCCGGGAGAUGUCGCUUGCGAUGACGCUGAGGGACUGUACGAUGUUUAUCAAGAUCCCACAUGACGAAAAAUCACCUGUUGAGAUCCGUCUUGGUGAUCUCGAUCUGAAAACAGGCGCUGGGGGGAAAGCUGGCUACUGGCGAGACCUGGAAACACGGCUGAUUGACCAGGGCUGGUAUCGGGGAAGCAAUAUCAGUCAAGCUUCGGGCGAGUGCGCUUUACAUAGCCCGCGAAGACCCUCUCAGUCUUAUUUAGCAUGA